UUUCUCCGUACGCCCGACAUGAAAGCUACUUCUAUCCUCGCCCUCGCCUCGACCGCGUCGGCCGCCAACGUCGCCAUCCGCGCCAAGCGCCAUUUUGAGACGGAAUCUGCUUCGGAAGUGGGUCUGAUUGCCAAGUUCCCCUUGGACAUUGCUGCCCUGGAACAAGGGGCGCUCCUCGCCGCCGAACCCCGCGAGUUUGUGGAUGCGUUCUUGAAGGAAGCGUCCAAGAAGAACUUGGCUGCCUUGGCCAACAUCGUGUCCAUUGCCGAUGCCGUGGCGUUGCCCAUCGGAGGUGCCGUCUACUUCCCGUCGGCCACCAAGGCCACAUUGGACGCAUUGGAGGCGUCGACUGUGGUCGAAUACAUUGACUUGAACGCGGCCGACUUCACCAUCCCCGAAGUGUUGAAGGGGUCGGUUGAUGCCGAAAGCACGGCGACCAACGAGUGGGGCGUGGAAGCCAUCGGUGCCCCUGAAAUCUGGAAGUACUCGACCGGCAAGGGCGCCAUUGUGGGCUCCAUUGACUCGGGCGCCCUCCACACGCACGAAGCCAUCAAGCACAACUGGCGGUCGGAAUUGGGCUGGUUCGACCCCUAUGAGCGCUCGGCGCUGCCCCGCGACACGUCUGGCCACGGCUCGCAUACGAUCGGUACGAUGGUUGGUGCCAACGGCAUCGGCGUAGCCCCCGGCGCCCAAUGGAUUGCGUGCAUCGGUCUGAACGGCUCCUCUGGUACUUCAGCCAAGCUGCUUGAAUGUGCUCAGUUCAUGCUGUGCCCCACCAAGCCGGACGGCACCGGCGCCGACUGCAAGAAGGGCCCCCACGUCGUCAACAACUCGUGGGGCUCGGCCUCGUACACCCCUUGGUUUGAAGACGCCGUGGCUGCGUGGAAGGCUGCGGGUAUUGUCCCCAUCUUCGCCAACGGCAACAGCGGCACGCUCUGCGCCACCGUGGGCAGCCCCGGCGGGUACAAGACGGUCAUUGGCGUUGGAGCCAUCGGCUCGUUCACCAACGAAAAGGACAAACUCGCCUACUUCUCGUCCAAGGGCCCGCAAACCAAGAACGGCGCUGAGUACUUCAAGCCUGACGUGUCCGCCCCUGGUUUCUUUACGCGGUCGGUGGGCAUUGCCAACAACACGGCGUACGCCCAAUACGCCGGCACGUCCAUGGCGGCUCCCCACGUCGCUGGCGUGGUUGCCAUCAUCAAGAGUGUCGACCCCACGGCGAGCUACGAUGCUGUGUACAAGUACUUGACCGCCACCACGGACCAAAAGGAACUCAACACGACCGAGCCCGAAACGUGGUACCUCUCCAACAACCGCACCCUGCCGGGCGCCCCCAACUGCGGCGGCCUCAAGGACUCGGAGUGGCCUAACAACCGCUUCGGCCACGGCCGUGUCAACAUUGGCACGAUCCUUCGCGACGGCAAGCUCAACGACAACCGCCGCCCCACCUGCUAAAUGUAUUCCAAGGCCUUUCAUUAACGUUACCCAUAACGUUACCGUAGAGUAACUUGUGAUAAGUAUUGUCUUUUGUCCAA